AGUUGACAGGAUCCUGUCCGGAUUCUGUAAGUCCUUAGAUUGAGUCAGUCGGUCAGCCAGUCAGAGGAAGUGGUGAGGAGUGGAACCGAUUGUCUGCUUGUGCACCAAUCACCAUGGUUGACACCCGUAGUGGGAAGAGUACUGCCCCCUUCGAGGCCGAGCAGGCCCAGAUUGCUGCCCUUCUUAGAGAGAAAAAGGAGAAGAGAGAGCUCCUUAAGCAGGCAAAGUUAAAGGCCAUUGAGGAAGAGGAGGCGGCGAAGAAGAAGAGAUUGGAGGAGGAGAUGUUGAGGUUUCAAAAGGAGAAGAUGUUACAAAUACAGCUAGAGGAGGAGGAAAGAAGAAAGGCUGCCGAGGAAGAAGCAGCAGCAGAAGAGGAGGAAGAAGAAGAAGAAGUAGAACCCCUUGAGAGAGGGCGCAGGGAGCAGAGAGGCAGGACAACAAGUGACACGAAGGAGGAAGACAGAUGGAGGGAGAAGAAGAUUAGUGAAUGGGUGGCUAACUUAUCUUUGGGAGAAGACGACGAGGCACAACUAUAUGUGCCGCAUGAGGAGAGGGAGGCGUUUGCCAGGGCCCUGGAGCUGAUAGAGGAUCCCCUGGAACGCCAGGCGACAGAGGAUGAGAAAAAGUUGGAGUGGAAGUGGAAGAUGAUGAGAGAAAAGAAGAGAAGGAGGGAGGAAGCCAGUAGAAUAGCCGGGGAGGUUGAGCGAGUGCGAACCGGCAGGCAGGAAUUGCAGGCCCAAACAGAGGUCUCUGCCAAGCUAGACAAGAUGAUGGGCUUCCUGGAAGUCCUGAGCAAGGCCUGGCUGGAGGAGCACCAAGCCCGUAAGGGUCAAGAGCAUAUUGCUCCCGAGGAGCAAGUCCUCGUCGCUUUCCACGCUCUAAAGGACGAAGCGGCUAGCUUCGCCAAGUCCCUUGCACGUGCCGCAGAUUGCGAGCACAACAUGAUCGCAUAUUCUAGGCUUACCCCCCUCAAACUCCUGCGCGAGAGAUUUGUUGACGUCAGUAGAGGCGUCAGGGCCUCCGACAAGCUCCAAACCAUCCAUUCGCGACAGUGGAGGAGUGCGAGAGCACUCAAAGCUGUAAUGGACGACUUGGUAGCCGUCCCGGACCAUGGAGUCACUGAGACCCAGUUGGUUCAGUUGUUUUAUCGUGCCAUGCCAGAGCCCUUACGAGGGCACUUCUUUGACAAGACCCAACAGCCCAACAUCACAUACGAUGCGUUGAGUAGGGAGGUGGUCUGGUUUGAGGCCAAGUCCACGCCAGUUUCCACUUUCUGGCACAAGGACUUAGACAAAGGAAAGAAGUGGAAAGGACGUACCAUCUCUGGUCAGUUUAGGGCCAAGGAUCAUAUGAUCCUUACGUUGGAAGAAGGUGGUACUGACGAGGUCCCGUACAGUCAGAUUGAGCGGGGCCUCGAGGAGGAGGACAGUAACAUAGGACAAGGGAGGUCCUAUGCUAUUGUCGCGGCUGGAGGGAGGCCGCAAAGUAGAGGUGGAGGCCAGGGCCAAAGGGGCCAGGCCACGGGAGGCAAAGGAUCGGGCGCUCAGGGGGUUGGCGGCCAAAGGAACCGCCAGGAGGGAGGCAGGGGUCAAGGUCCACCGCCAAAUCGUCAAGGUCUCAGUCGGUCCCCGCUGAGACGAGGUGGAGGAUCACCUCAAAGGAGAGUAGGUUGGCACCCAGCGUCUUUCUAGGCAUGUCCCUCAUAGGCGUGGCAGAGGAAUUGAAGGAGAGGAUGCCUGCCUGGGCCAAGAUGAAGAAAGAUAGUAAAGGGCAGCUAGUCCU